CUGCCAGCAUAGUGUGUGUGACUGUGUCCAAAUUGAAGUUGAAACACACUGACAGGAUUUGGAUUGAGUCGCUUUCUUUAUUAUUAUUAUUAUUAUUAUUAUUAAUAAUAAUAAUAUUAUUAUUAGUAUUAUUAUAUGUCCAAAGGAUUUCAAUGUGUUUGUGUGUUGUUGUUGCUGCUGCUGGUUUUAAAUGUCAGCUCUGAUUGGAGACUAAAGGCGGAACAUCAUAUUCAGCGUGUGUAACAUUUAAAGACGUCUUUUCAGCUCUCCAACACCUUAAAUUUCCUUAAAAAAAAAAAAAAAAAAAAACAAAACUCUAAUGACUUUGGACCUCGGACACUUCAGGAGUUUUAUUCACAGCUGGACUUCCACUUCACCUUGACGGAUUUCUCCCCCAGGUAGCUGCUGGAGUGUUUCUAAAGUGUGACAAUGUUGGAUAACGACAGGUAUGCAGGCAAGAAGAGGAAGAAGCCUGUCCAAAAACAGAAACCCGCUACCGAUGCCACCAAGUCCAAUCCAUCGAAGAGGCACAGGGAUCGCUUGAACGGCGAACUGGACAGGCUGACCAACAUGCUGCCGUUCUCCGAGAACGUGUGCACUCGCUUGGACAAACUGUCAGUCCUGCGUCUGAGCGUGGGCUACCUGAAAGUGAAGAGCUUCUUCAAUGCCACCAUGAAGAAAAACAGUUCGGAGUUUCUCACAGUGAACGGUUUAGACACAAGCAAAAUGGAUACCAUGGGCUUCUCAGAGGGGGACCUUCUCCUUCAGGCUCUAAAUGGUUUUGUACUGGUGGUCACUGCAGAGGGUUAUGUCUUCUACACGUCACCAACCAUUCAGGACUACCUGGGCUUCCAUCAGUCUGAUAUGAUCCACCAGAGUGUGUUUGAGUUCAUCCACAUAGACGACAGAGCCAUGUUCCGAAGGCAACUGCAUUUUGCCCUGAACCCAACGCUAUUAAACGUGGAAGCUGAUGGUACCCAGAACAGCAGUGACAUCACACGGAAUAUUGUAACCUACGACCCACAGCACAUACCACCCGAAAACUCAUCUUUCCUAGAGAGGAGCUUUGUAUGUCGCUUCCGAUGCCUCCUGGACAACUCAUCUGGGUUUCUGAAACUGAACUUUCAAGGAAGGUUGAAGUUCCUGCUUGGCCAGAAUAGGAAGGCUGAGGAUGGUUCUCUAGUCCAGCCUCAGCUUUCUCUUUUUGCCAUUGCCACUCCUGUUCAGCCAUCAGCUAUUCUGGAGAUCCGUACUAAGACACUAAUAUUUCAGACCAAGCAUAAACUGGACUUUACUCCUAUGGGGAUUGACUCCAGGGGCAAAGUUGUGUUGGGUUACACAGAAAUGGAGCUGUGCAUGAGGGGGUCUGGAUAUCAGUUCAUUCAUGCAGCGGAUAUGAUGCACUGUGCCGAUAAUCACGUUAGAAUGAUAAAGACAGGUGAGAGUGGAAUGACAGUUUUCCGACUUUUAACCAAGAAUGGAGGAUGGGUUUGGGUGCAGGCAAAUGCCAGGCUUGUGUACAAAGGAGGACGUCCUGACUUCAUUAUUGCUCGUCAGCGUGCCCUAGUGAAUGCGGAAGGAGAGGAGCAUUUGCGCCAGAGGAGAAUGCAGCUUCCCUUCAGCUUCACCACAGGAGAAGCAGUGCUUUAUGAUACCUGUCCGAUGCUUGACAUGACAAAUCUCAAAGACACAAAUGGAGUUACCCAGAAGACCUUGGUUCCAAGCUCAAUCCUUGAUUCUAUGCAAAAACAGGACAAGUCCAUCUAUCAUCAGGACACCAAACCUCAAUUUACAGAAGAUGAUGCCUUCACGGAUAGUUGGGCUCUCUUCAAUGUGCCCAAUCAUACUGUGCAAGAUGAAACUGUGAAUGAGGAGGACACUGUUGGGUCCAUGAUCGACACCUUGGAACAGUUGGCUCACAAUGGCGAUCUGUGCACAGCUCUUCAGCAAAUGGAAGUGGACACGGCCGAUCUGAAAGAGUGGGAAAAUGCCCUUUUGAGGAUGACCAAAGAUAGUAAUGGUAAUGACAAACCACUUAGUCUGGAUGAAAUUCUCACCAAUGACAUAUUCUCCUAUGUGGAGGAUGCCUUAUACAAGGACAACAAUACGUGUUGUCUUUCACAACCAAACACCAUCAAAACUGAUCCAUUUGGAGGACAUUCGGCAACUACAGUGCAUUCAGGUUGUGAUUUCACACAUUACAACUUCGACAGCGAAGGAGCAGACAAAAAUGAUUUAAAGGCUGAUAGAAAACUGAACUCUAUCGCUGUGACUGGGCAACAAAUGGACAGAAUUGUUGGUACAGAUGCUACCAUGGGAAACAAAGUCCCAUGGUAUUCAGAUAAAUCAUCCCAGGAUCACCUGAAUAACUCAUCCCACUCAGAACAGACUGGCCUGUUCACACGUGAUAGCAAAGUCUCACAGCUGAUCACCCAGACUGAGAUGCAUCUGGGAUUAAAAGUGACACAAAAUAUAUUCAACAUUGUUCCUUUCAAUGGUUGGGGGCCACCGAAACCCACUGAGAAUGGCAGAACAUCCAAGCUGGAAAGUACAGAAUCCUACUGCCAGUUUGCGUCCUACCCUACUAAUAACGCUAAAAAUCCACAAAUGAACCAUGUACCAAAUCAUAUUCACAAACUAAGCCAAACAACUACAAAUCUUUGGAACAAUAUGAGUACAGGGGACCAUAAUCUCUCCUUGACCCCAUCCAAAAACUGUGUCUCCUCUAUCAUAAACUGCUCAAAUCUCUCAAAAUUCCCCCAACAAAGCCAGAUCCAAGCUUGGCAAAAUGCAUCACCAGAGCAGCCCUGUGCCAGCCUAGUCAAGAACAGACUUGCAUCUGAGGGCUGUUAUCAUACUUUGGAGACCCCUGGAUUCCCUCCAGCUGAUCUUCUGCCUGAGAUCUCUCAGAGCUGCAAUGAUAAACAUAUCAACUUCAUCAGUAAUGUGUACCAGUCACCACAGAAUGGACUGUCAUCUAAAGAGUGUUCACCGCUCAGCAGCUGCAUGUUCGAGAACCACUCUCCACUAAGUACAAACGCAGAUCAGCAGCAUCCACAAGCACAGGCUGUGACCAUCUCAUCAUGUAGCAAGAGUACAUUACCCAUCAACCAGAGUCCACCGCAAGCAUCCUGUUACUUUCAAUGGGCGUGCAGUGAGCCUCUGGUGGGCACGUCAUCGAUUCCACAAGAGGAUACUUGCAUCAGUCCUCCGUCGUGCCAGAUAGGACCAGGCAUUGCUACUCUCGACAGUCACAGUGUCUUCCAGAGAUACCUUGACUGCAAUGGACACGUAUAGGCCAAUGACCAUUACUUUGAAGACAUCACUAUUUCCUGUCCUCGCCUUGUCAGUGGACUUUCUGAGAACAGCAAAGGAAGCUGACAUUAGUGGACACGCGGGUCUCGGAAAAAAACUUACUGAGCUCCUUUGUUUGAACAUUGAAAUAGACCCCGCAAUGAAAUGUACUUGUGUUCUCUAUGUUCUGCGCAAUUGUUAUUCAAGUACAACAACGAAGUAAAGUUGAUUGAUAUUGUUUAAUAUUAAGCAUUGUCUAUAGUAGGAAUAAGUUCGGUCCAAAUUGGAGCCAUUGUAAUGAAAUGAAUCUUCAAGUUGUAUUUUGAAAUGUAUUAGACUGAUGUUUGAUGGCUUGUGACUUGACAGGUUGGCGUUUUGUUGUUGUUGUUAUCUAGCUCGCUUUCUUGAUUUCUUUUAAAGGAUAUUCCUUUAGCACAGUGUGUUUUCCACUUUCACAGGGUAUCUGAUGAUAUUCACUCUGUAUAAUGUCAGAGUGAAGUCCACAGAGGAAAAAACGUCCAUAGUAUUCCACCGAUUCUAUUGCAUGUUUUUUUUAUAACAUACUACAGAAUUAUCUACACUUGAUCUCCACCAGUCUUUUAAAUAACAUCGAUAACGUAAUAGCAAUAUUUUUAAUGCACAGAUGAUUUUUAUCAGCAAGACGCAGUAACAUUUACAAAAAUUGUUUCGCACUUCUAUGCUGUAUGUAUAUUCUAUAUAAUGUAUAUUCACCUUAAAACUUAUAUAUCAUUCACUUUUUUUUUAUUCAUUUUAACUUUGUGAUAUUACUUUUCACAAAUGAAAUAGAUUUUCCAAAUACAAUCAUGGAAAUCAUUUUAUAUACAGUAUAUAUAAAGAAAAGUUUCACUUGAA